AUGUUGAUGCCAAAAAAACAUCGUACUCUUAUCUAUGAGUACUUAAUGAAAGAAGGUGUCGUUGUUGCCGAAAAAGAUUUUGGUCUCGAUAAACAUCCAGCUAUUGCGGUACCAAAUAUCCAUGUUAUCAAAGCAUUACAAUCGCUCAAAUCACGUAAUUUGGUCAAAGAACAAUUUGCCUGGCGUCAUUAUUAUUGGUAUUUAAACAACGAAGCAACACUUAAACGACCAACACGUCCCGAAGGAGCUAAAACAGCUAAACGAGUCGAAACUGCUCGUCCAUCAUCACCCUCUGGUGAUCAAAGCCGACAAGAAUAUCGUCGUUCCGGAUAUGACAAACAAGGUGAAGUUGGUGCUGGAACAGCUCGUCCUGAAUUCCGUGGCGGUUAUGGUCGAGGUCGUUUACCAGAUGGUAACCGCGGUGGUGCCGAUCAACAAUAA